CCCCAUAGCAACUGGAAUGUUUGCCCUGGAUACCACAGCCGUGCCAGAUACAAGUUGAGACUCCCGCACAUAUGCAGUCUACCGAUAGAAACCAGCUUUGGUCCCCUGGUCAGUCUCUGUGGAGCCUGAUUGCUGAGCAUGCUCCUGGGUCAGAGCUGCCAAAGAUCCAUGCAGCACUUGGCCACUCCCUGGUUGACAUGUACACAGAGGUGCAUGCUGAGGCAGUGAUGUGGUACAAGAUGUGGCAGGGGAGCCAGCAAGGUGGAAACUAUAGCAGCAGCAGGGCAGGGACUCCCCUCCCUCUGGCUGACCCACCUGUAGUCAAAGAGCUGGUGAGGGCCGAGGUCCGGAUGUUACUACAAAAUCUCAAAGAGAGAGCCAUCAGGGAAGGAAGAGAUGAUGAGGAGUUCUUGUUUCGGUACAAACCCGAGACUGUAAACUACGCCCUGGGUCACCUUGACAGCUGUACUGACCUUGGAGACAAUGAUAAUGAAAGCAGACCCAGCUCUAACUGUUCAGUCCAGUCCAAUGCUGAAGAUGAGAUUGACACAGUGAAAGACAAACUGAAUGUCGCUGACAUAGACAAAGUGGUGGACCACCUCAAGUCUGUGCUAACAGAGGAAUGUAAAGCGUUGAAGAAACAAGUAAAACAUUUACAGGGAAAUAUUAGACAAAAGUGUGAAUUGGAUAAAACAGAACCUACACUUGCAGAGUUGAGAGAGCUUAGAGGAGCUAUACAAACAGACUUAGAGCUGUACCCCUCUUCUUUCGCCUCGUCAUACUUGACUUCCUCCCCUCUCCCUGUGAAAGCAUUGAAAAACAGAUUCAGACUGUCAGCAGGACAAAGGGCUUGUGAUAAGACUUUGCAAGCUUUAACCACUACAUCAGUCUUAAGACCACAUCCACCUCCUGCUCUGCGCCAUGUGAACCCCAUUCCACCAGUUGGACCUCCUCUCAUUCAGAACUCAAUUAAUACUUCUUCGCUGUCUAGAACUCAUGGUCAGCAUAGAAGCACAUCAGCCUCCGCUGGAUCAAGUAAAACACAAACAACUAUCUCCAACAGGAUCGUCACUUCUGGGCACAGGAAUGCUUAUCUUACCACGUGUGGCACUGACAAGAAAAUGGUUAAACAUUUAGACCACUGCAAUCCAGAGCGAGAUAGUGCUGGUCUCCAUCGCAGGACCCCAACUUCUAGUUCUAGUUUUCAAAUAAAAACUCAAAGAAAUUCACCCGUCCAAGCAGCCCAUCUAUCAUCUCAUCGUGCUAUCCACAGCCCGGGCAGGGAGUGUGAUUUAUCACCACAGACGGCGAGAAACAGCAGCCUUGCCCCGAGUUCAAGAAACAUCAAUAUUAUCCCUUCAGCUGUUCCUGCUCUCAGCCCUCUCUGUGAUGCAGGCAGUUACAGCAGCAAUAGUGCUGACCAUUCUGUGUCAACAACAGGAAAAUCAACGACACAAAAUGGGCCACAGAAUAGCACCCGUGGAGGUAGUUCAGUGUCAACAACAGUGCAGACACAUAAUGACAGGAAAAGUACUACUGAGAGUUUUCAUUCUUAUGUUACACAGAAACAUUCAGUCUUGUCUGAAACUGGGCGCCCUCCUGCACAAAAUUGCACCAUGAAGAGAAACAAUGGAAUUUACAGAAAUAAAAAUGGUCAUCUUAGGGAGGAUGUCAGCCACCAGCAGAGGCUAAGUAGCCACUGCUUGACAAACCGCUCCUCAUGUCAUCCAGAAAGUAGUGGUACCCAUCCAAAGCCUAUACAAAUAAAUGGACAAUUCUCCACUUCCCCAAAAAGACCACUUGAGGGCACCACAAGUCAGCCAAAAAGAGUCCAAGAAGCACAGAAAGAGCAGGAGUUUCUCAACAGGUUUUUUCAGCCAGUUCCUCCUGCAAGAGUGCCAACUUGAAGUCAGCCACUGACCAGACAGCUGGGGUUAAAUAAAGGAGAUAACUGGGAGGGCUGUGGUGGGGAAAAAAAGGAAGGGACAUUUAUAGACAUUUCUAAUAAAGAUUUUUACCGCUUUCUACGUUGUGAUGAGGAAUCAUAGAAGCUUGAUUAUAUUUGGGAGCAUGAUGAAUUGACAGUUGCAUAAAUUCAGAGUAUAUGGACAAAAAUAGAUGGAAUAAUUUACAGCUUUCUAGUCCUUUCCUGUCCAUAAAGCGUGAAUUAAAAUUAACUUGAACUCUCAGUUAUCUACAGACAAGGACAGUGACCUAUGUUAAGUAAUUUUGCAGUGUCUAAAUAUUUGAUUGAAAUAAAUGUGUCGUUAAAAAUGACAAAUAACUA